CGUCGCCCGCCCAGCCCAGCUCCCGCCGCGCGCCCAACGGUUGAGGCAGGGGAGGCUGCGCGCGCUCGUGCAAAGGCCGGGAAAAAAUGGCGGCGCCCGUCUUGCGAGUGUCCACCCCUCGCUGGGAACGGAUAGUCCGGCUGCUCGUGUGUCUCUCAGGAAUUCUGAUAUCCCUGUACGCAUUCCAUGUGGAGAGGGAAAAGACCCGCGACGCCAAUUACCGCGCCAUGUGCGACCUGAGCAGCUCCAUCAGCUGUUCCAAAGUCUUCACGUCCAGAUGGGGUCGAGGAUUUGGACUGUUGGGAACCAUUUUUGGGAACGACAGUGCAGUAAACCAGCCAAACAGUGUCUAUGGAAUCUUGUUUUAUAUCUUUCAGCUGUUACUAGGUUUGACGGCCAGUGCGAUGGCUGCUCUGAUUCUCAUGACCACGUCCAUCGCAUCAGUGAUGGGCUCCCUCUACCUGGGCUACAUCUUGUACUUCGUCCUUAAGGACUUCUGCGUCAUCUGCGUCACCACGUACGCACUGAACUUCAUCCUGUUUGUGCUCAACUACAAGCGACUGGUUUACUUGAACGAGGCCUGGAAGCAGCAGCUCCAAGCCAAGCGGGACUAGACACACAAAACAACAACAACAAGAGUAUAGAAGGAUAACAAAUCAUCCAACACGUGGGGAAAAUGUGACCUCUGAAAAAUUUGUGACUUGCCACCAGGAGACCUUGCUUCCAAACAAAUGUUCAUUCUGUUGUGUGUGUGUGUGUGUGUGUGUGUGUGUGUAAAACGAAACAAAAAAUUAAACAAGGAAAGAAAACAUGUAUCUUUAGGGGCCACAGAUCACAGGUUUAUUGCAUUGUAUUGCAAGGAAGGAUUGGAAAACAGAAACACAAAUCUUUGUCCGCUUUGAUUUCUUGUUGGUUUUCUUUGUUCCCCGAGAUGAAAAUGAGGUUGCGCUUUGAUCGUGAGAGAGAGAGAGCAGUCAGAAAGCACUUACGAAACAAACAGAAGAGGGUGUCCUUUCCCUGAGGAAUAAAAUAAUGGAAAAAACAAUGUGAGAAAUUGUUUACUUGAAUCCACUGGGAAAGUCGCUGCUCUUUCGGAGCAGCUGAUUCCAGCGGGACUGAAUUUAAGGGUUUAUAAAGGCUAAACACGAAUGAUCACGAGGCAGAGAUGAUUCCACAAAAAUGACGUUUUACUAUCAUUGAAAACGAAAAAUAAAGUGUAAUUUUUUUUAUGUUUACAGUUUUUUUUUUUUUUUUUUUUUUUUUUUUUUUUUUUAAUUGUUUUGGAAGAGGACCACUCAUAAAACACAGAAGAAUGUGAGCUGUAUGUGUGUAGAUCAGAUUUGUCUGUGACUACUUUUUUUUUAUUCGUUUGUUUUGCAGUUCUGUAAAUAGCUGCCGCAAAGCAAUAUUCCAGACUAGUUUGUGUUUUACCGUUGAAACAUUAAAAAAGUCCCAAUCUACGGCAUGUCCGUCACUUCCAAUGAGUGCUUUCAACAGCGAUUGUGCGAGUUGUUCUUCGUGCAAGUGUUUAGCGUUUUUCUCAUCUUAAGGGGGUCUUGAUCCAGAUUAAAUGCUGCAUUUGUCGUGUUGGAAUUACUGUAAUUGAGAUGAAGUUGUAAUGUUGUCAGACUCAAGAAUUAUUUAUUUCUCCAUCAGUGCUCAUAACACCCAAUCAGGACUUGUUUUUCAAGGAAUACUUUGGGGAAAAAUGAAAAUGUCCUCUCCAGAUGAGUUUGGAGAAAUGUGUCAUUGCAUCACUUGUGCACCAAUGGAUCCUAUGCAGUGAAUGGGUGCCGUCAGAAUGAGGGUCCAAACAGCUGAUAAAAACAUCACAAUAAUCCACACCACUCCAGUCCAUCAGUUAACAUCUUGAGAAGAGAAAUGAAACAAGUUCAUCAUUAAGAUGUUUUUAACCAGUGUUGCCAAGUCUGCGGUUUUCCCAUGGAAUUGGGCUCCUUUAACACUGUUGCCACAGGUUGUUUUUCAUGUCCGCAGGUUGAAGCGACCCCAAUAAUGUGAUAUUUAUCUCCUGGAAUGUGAAUUUUAAUGAGGACCCCCCUCUUGAAGUCUAGUUUUGUUGUGAAAACCUGGCAACCCUAUUUUUAACUUUUAACUGUUGCUUCUGGCUAAAAUACGAGUCCUAAUGUGAAAAGGUCCAUUUCCUGUUGUCUCUCACAUUAAAAUCCAUUUACAUAUGUGACCCUGGACCACAAAACAUUUUCUGAAUAAACAAGCUUUUAAUUGAUGUAUGGUUUGUUAGGAUAGGACAAUUUUUGGCUGAGAUACAACUGUUUGAAAAUCUGGAAUAUGAGGGUGCAAAAAAAUCUAAAUAUUGCGAAAAUCGCUUUUAAAGUUGUCCAGAUGAAGUUCUUAGCAAUGCAUAUUACUAAUCAAAAAUUAUGUUUUGAUAUAUUUACAGUAGGAAAUUUACAAAACAUCUUUAUGGAACAUGAUCUGUACUUAAUAUUUUAAUGAUUUCUGGCAUAAAAGAAAAAUCGAUCAUUUUGACCCAUACUAUGUAUCUUUGGCUAUUGCUACAAAUAUACCCGUGCUACUUAUGGCUGGUUUUGUGGUCCAGGGUCACAUAUUUGUUUAGAGUCUGUUUUAGACUGUUUUGGCUUGGUGCUUGAUCUAUGCAGAUUUCUCUCCUGAUUCAGACUGGUUUAAAGUUAAAACAUCUUUUCGUACAAACAUGCAUCUUUUGGCAUCUCAAGACAUUAAUUGAUGGACUGGAGUGGUGUGGAUUAUUGUGAUGUUUUUAUCAGCUGUUUGGAUGCUCAUUUUGACGGCACCCAUUCACUGCAGAGGACCCAUUGCUGAGCAAGUGAUGCAAUGCUACAUUUCCCCAAGAAGAAACAAACUUAUUGUUAACAAACUCAUCAGAAACUCAUAAUUUUGGUCAUUCCAACAAACUCAGAUUGAAAGGGACAUUAGGGAUGUUUUCAGUAGACUACUUUUUAUGGCUGGUAUCAUAAGUAAUAUACUAAGGUUUCCCUAUAGAAGUAAACAAAUGUUUCACCCUCUCCCAGGUUUCAACACUUUGUACUUGAGUUUUUAGGUCUAUGUUGUCUUUGUGUCAAGUCCAUCAUACUCAAACUUAUAGUUUCUUAUCAUUUUUGUGUUUAGUUGGUGAUUUUCACAUGAGCUGCAUCUACUGUACUAGUUUUUUCUAAUGUACCCCACUUCUGUUACCCAGAAACCCCUCAGCUUGCUGUCACCUUGACCUUCCCAUGAAAUUAUGAGUACCCACAAUUCUUGAUCCCCUUCACCUCUACCUCUCAGUAUUUGUCUCUAGCUGUUUUGAUGUUAACGGAUGCAACAAAAAGUGAAAACCUGCCAGUCUAUCUUUAAGUUUUAUUUGCAGUCAAAGUGUGUCAGUUUUUUCAGUGUAUGCAUUUGGAUCCACAAUCUCACUGGUAUGCCUAAAAACCAAAAGGUUUUUAAUUGGCAUUGAUGAUUCUUUAAAGAACCUUUAACAUCCAUGGAAUCCAUUCCGUUAUUCUUUAUUGUUGAAAAGAGGUUUUUGGGGAACCAAAAGAUGGUUCUUCUAUGGCAUUGCUGUGAAAAACACCUAUUUGAAACCUUUAUUUGUAUCAGUCGUAUUAGACGUUGAAAGUCAUUGUUUUGUCAGUUCACACAGUGAAAACUUGAUCUGAAUUUACCAGCUAUCCAACCCAGUAUUGCACAUACUCAUCAACAUUUUCUAGUGAUGUUGAGCUAAUUUCAGUCUUCGAAUGGCUAUUAGAUGUGCUUUGUGUUGAUGAUAGCAGCUGCUGGAACAUGGAAAUGUGAUGGGUUGUUAAAGUUAAGAUAAACAAAUUGAACCGGCGUAGUGAACUCGAAACAAGACGAGUGAAAGUGAGGUUGCGAGCGAUUGAUCUGCAGACUGUUAGUGUCGAUUGUUCAGUUGACAAAACAUUGAAAAGACGUUGUUUACUGGAAAACAUUAGACUUUGUUUCCAUUCACAACAUUUUAAAAAUGGUUUCCACCCGAACUAAACUCUACGGCUUGGUGAUGUUGAGUUAUUCAUUGACCGGUUGGUUUAAUUUAUUGACUUUCUUUAGUUUAUGAUGCUUUUGUGAAGCACAAUGUGCAGUUGCUGUCUUUGUCUGUGUGGCUGAACUUGAACUAAUGUGUUUUCAGCCAAACUUGAGAACAAAUCGAAAGGCGGUUAGAGUUAAUGUGAUUAGUACAUUGUGUUCUGUUGGUUUUCUAUAUUUCACGCAAACUAAUUAUGAUGCCAGAAACAUAAUUUCUCCAAUUAAAAUCAACACGAAAUAGUGUUGCAACCCUUUUUACUUCAAAAAUGUGACGUGUUUUAGUGUGAAAAUAGAUAUUUAUUGUGAAUUGGAUUGUGGAAGGGAUCUGACUGUGUAAAUAUUUUUUAUUAACCAAUAACCUGAGCAACAUGAGCUUAAAAGUCGUUUUAUGUGCGUUUCAAGUUGUAUGUUGGAGGACGAUUACAAACAUUGUGUUGUGAAUUGUUAGAGUAACGUUCACUGCAAAAAAUGAUUUUUUUACUCAGUAUUUUUGUCUUGUUUUCCAGUACAAAUUUGAACAUUCAUAAAUCAAAAUACAUUUACUUGAAGCAACAUGUGUAUUGUCUGCCAGUGGGGUUAGAAAAAAAAAUACUGGCAGAUAUUUUUUGUCUGUUUUAAGCAAAUGCUCAUUUAUUUCGAUACUUUGUUUAAAAAGCAAGACUCAUUUUGCUUUUUAAGUAAAUGUAUCUUAAUUUAAGAAUGUUUUGUAAAGACAAAAUACUAACAUUUUUUGCAGUGCGUUAAGAAAGCAAAUAGUUUUGAUUUUAUGUUGACUUAAGGUGACAUCUAAGGCUUUUGGGAAAAAAUGAUUUAUCACAUAUUAAAUUUACGUCUAAUUCAAAUGACGUGGAAUGAUAAGAUCCCCCAAAAAUGAUGUAAAAGGGUUGCCUUCACAACGUUAAAUUCAUUUAAAGUGCCUUCUGUAUGUCCACUGGCCUUGGAGUUUGAAGUAACUACAGCUUGGCUUGGUUCAAAUCUGUCUGCUUUACCUCUGUUUGGGUAAGUUAAGACAGAGAUCGGUGAUCACUGAAAUAUCUGCGGUGUUUAUUGUCUCAUAACUCACCUUUAAAAAAGCAAAAACUGUAAACCUAAAUGCAGAUGUGUUUCAUAAAGCAGUUUGGUUGUUCCUUCACUCAUCUUGUGUUACUUCUGAUUAGUUUAGACUGCAAACACAACAUCUGUCCUGAGAAUCGUACCUUGUGAGUUUCUAGUAAAUAGCAUUUUUUAGUUCAUUUUUAUUUCCUGAUGUAAUUAUCGGGCGUCUUGAUGACGGCAAGCCCCUGUAGAUGUACAGACUGUUAACGUUAUAGCUAUUUUAGUAGAUAGACGGAUGUGAGAAACGGAUGGAUUGGAAAAUUCAUGUUUGGCGUCGGUUUUCAUUUCCAGUCGUACCUUUUUGGGGUAUUUUGUUUGUGGAAAAUAAAGUGUUUGGGUUUGCUUCUGUAUUUGCCAAAUAUAAGUGAAAAAUGCUGUAUUUUCUUACAUGGAUGAGGUGUUUCGGUGAAGGACGUCGGAGGAUUUCUGUGUCUGGGAAUCAGCUGGAGGAGACACUGCAGUGAACAUGAACGCGUGUCAUUGUUGUGUGGAUUUGAUCUGCCAUUAAAACAUUCCCCCAGA